GAAGAGCCGUUUGGGAGCCGAAAGAGCCGGCUCUUCUUGGUGAGCUGAGCCAAAUGAUCUGGCUCACUAAAAAUAGCCGGAUUUCCCAUCACUACAGCCAACUAUGGGACAGCAAAGAUAUUUUUUGUAGCGAGACAGCGUCGAGAUCUUCAACUACGGCACGUACGCCGUCUUCAGCUUUGUGAAAUACUUACGCCACACGGCGGAGAGUAAGUUUCACAUCAGUCUUAUGCCAUUUUUUCUAUUUUCUGCUUAGCGUUAGCUUUAUUAUUUUUUUAAUAUAGUAAAUAUUUCGCUCUUUUUUCCCCCCUUAAAUGCCCUGCAUUUGGACACACACGCAGCGCCCCCGAGCGAGCAAAACGACAAAAAACAAAGACCACUACGAUUCAACUACAUAUCCCAUAAUGCACCGGUAUAACGACAGUCAUGGUUUUGCUUCCGGGGUCAAAUAGAAAAUGAAUAUUUCAUACACAUUUUCAACUGUAAAAAAAACGUGAUUUAAUAGACGGAAACGUCGCUUUCAGGGCUUCACACGGACUCCACAUGAGAUGUUUGUGCUUUUAUAAGCUUCUUCACACCUGCCAGGAUGGAUCUUGGUAAGGCAAAGCUGCUUCGGACGGGUGUCAACACUCUGCACCAAGCCAUCCACCCCGUGCACGGGGUAGCAUGGACGGACGGCAAGCAGGUCUGCCUGACGUCUCUCUUCCUCAUCAACGGCGAGGUGAAUUUUGGGGACACGAACGUCAUCGGGCAGUUUGAGCACGUCCUCGGACUCUUCUGGGGCCCGCUGUGCUGCCACGACUCCCCUGCCUUGCUGGCUGUUCAGCACAAGAAACAUGUUACCGUGUGGCAGCUGCAGCUCAGUGCGACUGAGCAGAACAAGCUGCUGUGCACUCAGACCUGCGAGAUGAGCGAGCCUUUCCCCUUGCUCGCCCAAGGCUGCGUGUGGCAUCCUAAACUGGACAUCCUGGCGGUGUUGACCAAGAAGGACACGUCCGUUCUGUUUUCAGUCAGGGUGGACAACAGGAGAACCAAAGCGGACAUCAAAGGUAGCGGACUUAUCCACUGUGCAUGCUGGACUAAGGAUGGUACACGUCUUGUGGUGGCUAUAGGAAGCUCUCUUCACUCUUACGUCUGGAAUGACAUCCAGAAGGGUCUGGUGGCCUGCUCUUUCUGCCCCAUCUUUGACGUGGGAGGCUACAUCUGUGCCAUCGAGCCCACGGGGGAGGCUCAAGUAGCUGUGUCUACGGAGCUGCCUCUGGACAAACUCUGUGGGUUAAAUGCCGGCAUGGCUUUUGACAUGUCGUCAGAGGUUGAGUCCCUGCAGAGCCACAGCUCGGUCAUGUCAGAAGAAGACAGCCUCCUGGACUCGAGAAGAAGAUCUUUUGAAUCAGAGAGGUCCUACACCCCCAGCCCAGGCCCUUUAGACCUCACCCACCUCCUGGCGAGGCACCGCCGCUCUGACCCAAGCCCCCUUCUUCACCUGCGUCGCAGAGACACCUUGACGGGCUCCGGCCAGGACUCCUCGCACCUCAUCCUGGUCACCUACGAGCGUAAAGUCACCACCAGCCGCAAAGUCAGCAUCCCGGGGAUUUUGGUCCCAGACAUUGUGGCUUUUGACCCACGUGGUUCCACAGUUGCGGUGGCUUCAAACACCUGCAACAUGGUGCUCGUGUAUCGCAUCACAGCCUCUGCCAUGCCAAACAUUCAGCAGAUCUCUCUGCAGACGAACGAGAGGCCCAAAGGAGUCUGCUUCCUCAACGACAAGAUGCUGCUGUUGAUGGUGGGCAAGCAGAAGUCCAACGAACCUGCCUUCCUUCCAUCGUCUAACACGGAUAAAUAUAUCCUUCGGCUCUUAGCCAAAGAGCUGAUGCUCGAUGGAGCUAUCACACCAUCCCCCUCCGCUCACAACCAUGAGUCCACUUCUAAUUUCUGUGCAGGGAUUAGGAGGCACUCGGAGCACCUAUCUAAAGACGACAGGGAGCGCCCAGGGAUAAAGGAGUUGAUGCUACCUGGAGGGGGGGUUGUUCGUUCACCGAGCAACAGGCGUAGGCUGGUGGAGGAGGUAAGGAGCAGCGAUCUCAGCCCCGUCACCAGCUCUGUUGACUUCUCCGACCGAGCAUCAGUCGUGUCCAGUUCCUCCUCCAUCACCGUGGAGAAUUUCGACAUGGACCACAUCAACCGCAUGAGCAGCCUGGCGGUGGCCGGCCACGCCAGCAGAGACUCCAGCCGGGCCAGCUCUCCUCGCCUCGAGUCGUCGGACAAGUUCCACACGGACCCGACGCUGCCUAUGCCUGAAAAGGCAUUGCCCCCCGCCAGGGAUCGCGCCCUGGAGCAGCUCGUUCACAACAUGGAGAGGCUUUUUACGCGCUUUUCAGACGUACAGCAGUGCCUGACAGAAAUCAGAGAUUAUACCCAGAAUGGCAAGAAGGCCCUGAGCGUCUACCCCAAUGCCUGUGAACCCCCCUACGUCAAUGUCACAUGUCAGAAGCAGUUAUCAGAAAACGUGUUCAUCGAUGAGCGGAGGCCAGUGCUGCUGUGUGAUGGGAAGCUGUGUCUGCGCGCCCUUCAAGACCUCUUCAACCUAACUAUAGUGGAGAUGAUGUAUGGUCCAUUGUGGAUUGUACUCGUGGCAGAUGCAGACGGCUUUGUGCCUCUGACAUUCAAACCCAAAGAGGAACUCACUGUGCGGAACGGGAAGCGGAAAAGUACCAUACGGACUCCUGGGAGUCCGGAGAACUCCGUCCCAUCCAGUCCAUCCCCCGGCCAAAGUCCCAACACAACCACAGAGGCCUCCCUAUAGUGCCUCUUAACACACUCCUCAAUUUAUGGACUCCAUAUGCAAUACAGAGUGAAUGUAGUAUGGACACACAGAGCCUCACUAAUGCAGAUUAUGUCACAUUUAUUUUUCUAUUUAAAAACCAGUAGUGAGUUGGAAAGGGCUGCCUAUUCAGAUGGGAUGUUUACAUGUUGCUGCUUUGAAAUUAGAGCUUCACUGAAAGAAGUUUGAGCACUGAGCCACGUUUUUUCUUUAAUAAUUUGUUGACAAAAAGCAGUUCUGUUGUGGAGGACACCAAUUGUAGUGCCAUGGUGCUCUAUGAACAGCUUUGAGUAUGUUUUAGGGAUGGCUGACAUGUUUUCAAUUGUCCUGCCGUCCUGUUACAAGAACUGAUAGAGGCUUAUGUAUGAUGUUAUUGUUUUGAUCUGUAUUUGUUAUUAAUCGAACGCUGCAGAAAUCCCCAUUUGUAUGAAAUUGAGAUUUUACCCAUAAUAUUCCUGGAUGGGCACUUUUAUGCUCAAACGAAUGUAUUACACUCUAGUG